GGGAGGAGGUGACUGUAGCUGGACGAGGUGCGAGGCGGAGCGCGCGACUGCAGACUGGAGGGCCGGAUGUAAGUCAAUACAGCAGAAAAUGUCCAGUGAACGGACUUCCUGGACAAACCUGUCCACUCUUCAGAAAAUCGCACUGGGCCUUGGGAUCCCAGCCAGUGCAACAGUUGUUUAUAUCCUGUACCGCAGAUACAGGGAAAGCAGAGAAGAGCGGCUGACAUUUGUUGGGGAGGAUGACAUCGAGGUAGAGAUGCGGAUUCCUCAGGAGUCUGUGAAGUUGAUCAUUGGCCGGCAAGGAGCCAAUAUUAAACAGCUGCGGAAGCAGACAGGCGCUCGGAUUGAUGUGGACACGGAGGAUGUAGGUGAUGAGCGGGUGCUGCUCAUCAGUGGUUUUCCUGUUCAGGUGUGCAAGGCCAAAGCCGCGAUCCAUCAGAUGCUGACAGAGAAUACCCCAGUGUCUGAGCAGCUCUCAGUCCCCCAGAGAUCUGUGGGCAGAAUCAUAGGGCGAGGAGGCGAAACGAUUCGUUCUAUCUGUAAGGCCUCUGGAGCCAAAAUUACCUGUGACAAAGAAUCAGAGGGGACAUUACUACUAUCAAGACUUAUAAAAAUCUCAGGAACACAGAAGGAAGUGACAGCAGCCAAGCAUUUGAUCCUGGAAAAAGUGUCAGAAGAUGAAGAGCUUCGAAAGAGAAUUGCUCAUUCUGUGGAAACCCGGGUCCCACGCAAGCAGCCAAUCAGCAUAAGAAGAGAGGAGGUGACAGAGCCAGGUGGAGCCGGAGAGCCAGCUUUAUGGGAAAACACCAGCUCUAGCACAGAGCUGGCUCUUCCUCCCCACAAAGGAGGUGGUGACAUGGCUGUUGUAGGGCCCCAGCAGGAAGAAGGUUCCUGGGAGAAAGCUAAUGGUGACAGCUUUGAGGAGGAGCCUGGAACCCAUGCCAGUCCAGAGAUGUCCAUGUUUGAAAUCCCCAGCCCUGACUUCAGCUUCCAUGCUGAUGAGUACCUAGAAGUCUACGUCUCAGCCUCUGAGCACCCUAACCACUUCUGGAUCCAGAUCAUUGGCUCCCGCAGCCUACAACUGGAUAAGCUUGUCAGUGAGAUGACCCAGCACUAUGAGAACAGUCCGCCUGAAGACUUGACAGUGCAGGUAGGAGACAUUGUAGCAGCACCUCUACCUACAAAUGGCUCCUGGUAUCGAGCCCGAGUCCUUGGCACCUUGGAGAAUGGGAACCUGGACCUCUACUUUGUUGACUUUGGAGAUAAUGGAGAUUGCGUACCACAGGACCUCAGAACUCUCAGGAGUGACUUCCUAAGCCUUCCAUUUCAAGCAAUUGAGUGUAGUCUGGCACGGAUCGCCCCCUCAGGCGAGCAAUGGGAAGAGGAGGCUUUGGAUGAGUUCGACAGACUCACUCACUGUGCUGACUGGAAACCCCUGGUGGCCAAGAUCUCUAGCUAUGUCCACACAGGGAUCUCAACUUGGCCAGAGAUCUACUUAUAUGAUACUAGUGAUGGAAAGAAACUUGAUAUUGGGUUAGAAUUAGUUUGCAAAGGAUAUGCAGUUGAGCUUCCUGAAGACAUAGAUGAAAAUGGAGCUGUCCCCAGCACAUUGCAGGAAAUGGCCACAGAAGCAGAUGUCUCUCUAGGCAGCAUGCUCACUGAGACCAAGAAGAGCCCUGGAGAGAUGGGACAGACCUUGUCCUGUCUCAGUUUAUCAGAAGCUGCCUCUGUGUCUGGUGAUGAUAACCUUGAAGAUGACGACUUACUCUGAAGUCUGCUCUUCAGCUGGCUUGGCCUCCUGCUUUGCUGUGAUUUGGCCGUGAAGAAAGACAUCUGUGAUAAAGAGGUCCAUGCAGUCCCUCCUCUGUUACAUGCACAGUCUGGCAUGCACAGUCCACUGUACUACCAGAAAGCUGCUCCCCCGCGGGCACACCCCUUCUGCCAGUCAUAA